AUCAUUUUCGUUCAUUCUCGUUUUGGUUUUCGGGAAAAGCAGACGUCCAGGCUGAAAAGUGUGUGAAAAAGUUAAAAGUGUCAAGUAAAAAUUUUUUUUUAAUUCUCACCUCAGGUGCAUCGCUGAUCACCUUGAAAUAGCCGGGAAGAAAAUUUUAGGUUCAACGUCAACUCGAAGUCGUCGUAGCAACUCUUCGUAGGCAACGAACAUCGUCGUCGUCAGAAUCUCUCUACAGCGAUCUCUACGUCUCUUGAUCAACGCUCUAUAAGCCAGUCCGGCGAACGAACCAAACACACACAAACAUACAAGAAACAUGAGUGACAGUCGAGGCACACGCGUCUACGUUGGCAAUCUCACCGACAAAGUUAAAAAGGAGGAUCUGGAAGGAGAAUUCACUAAGUAUGGUAAAUUAAACUCUGUUUGGGUUGCUUUCAAUCCCCCAGGUUUUGCAUUCGUCGAAUUCGAGAACCGCGAUGAGGCGGAAAAAGCUUGCGACAUUCUGAAUGGCUCCGAAAUCCUUGGCUCACAAUUGCGAGUGGAAAUCUCAAAGGGUCACCCCAGACAAGGUCGCCGAGGUGGUGGCGGCCGAGAUUUCGGUCGUCGUCAAGGUGGCGGUGGAGGCGGCGGUGGUUUCCGUGGUCCACGCAGCAGCAGCGGUGGUUUCCGUUCAUCCCGCGGACCACCCGGUCGCGGUUACAGCCAGGAUAAUGGCUACGGUUCAGGUGGUCGACGAGGCGGCAGCGGCGGCUACGGUGGUAGCAGUCGAGACAGCGGCGGUUUCAGUGGUCGACGUGAUGGUUUCGGUGGGGGUGGUCGCGACAGCGGCCGUUCCUACGGCGGUGGUGGUGGCGGAUUUAGCAGCGGCGGACGAAGUGGCGGUAGCGGUGGUGGCGGUCGUUUCCGCUCCCGAUCACCAGCCGGUGGCCGAAGAUUUUAAGCUAUAAUCUACUCAUUUAACUAUAAUUAUAUUAUACACUAGACAUUGCUGUAUGACUAAAUACGUUUUUGAAUUCAAUCUUACUGCAUUAAAAGAAAUAAAAAAAAAAAUACAAAAACUUUAAAAAAAGAGAAAAAAAAAACAAAUAAAAAAGUAAAAAACAUGAUAUAAUGCCGUGUGAGUGUUAGUGCGGCGAGUAUUUUAGAUUUUAUUUCGUAAAUGUUAGGUUUUCGAAUUUGAAUAUAUAGAAGAAAAUGAUAAGAAAAAUUAAACAAAAACAAUUAAUUGUACGAGAAUUAAUAUCUUCUUUUAUUUUUGCCAAGAGACGAAAACAUUUUAAAAAUAAAAUAAAAAUAGAAAAAAGUAUAAAUGUAUGGAAAAGUAUUUGAUUUUACAAAAAAAAAACUUCUAAGGGAAGGAAGAAACUGUAUGAUUUUUUGUUUGUGUCUAAAUGAUUUUCCCUACAUCCCCCUAACAAGACUUAGCAG